ACCCCCUAGUAAUAUAUCAAUCUUAAGCCACACUCAUUUUCCUGUUAGACCUAAUUGUACCAAAACAUUGUUAUCCGACGACUGCCUAAGUUCAGACCAUAGCUCACCAAAUCAUCGCCACGCUAAAAAAGGGUGAUAUUGAUUCAUCUAAAAUAGGGUUAUACGCCUUCAACUAAUACAAAUGCUAUCAUCGUAUGCACCUUGCUUUCCACUACCUUGUUGGCAUAAUACAGAGACUUGUCACUAUCGUCAUCCAUACACUCGUGUAAGCUAAUCAUAGAUAAUGUGAAGAGCGACAUCGCAUUAUAUUAUAUAUAGAUAUCUUAGCCACUACUCCGCAUGAACAUGCCCGGUUCCCAUAAGAUUCGCUUCAACGAAGAUCCCCAAUACCAUGAUCCUAUAGCCGAAGACGUCAGCGACGGCUCCGACUUUGAUCCUCCCGAUGACGAAUGUAACGAGGCCCCUCGCCUCUCGCGCCCGUAUUCUCAGUCAUCUAACCGUGAGGAGCCGAGGACACGGAGCCGUAGUCAUCAUCGACCAAGUCCAUGGUCCGUCGAGAGAUCGCACUCUCGACACAGGACGACUCCCAACCCAGUCUCUAAGGACGAUAGUUAUUUUCCCCCAUUUCAACGUCCCAGUAUCCAGCGGCGUGCGAGCGCCUAUGGUCAGCCGGUUGUGCUGGCCAAUCGAAAUGACCUUCCGCACGUACUACAGAAGCAACCGCACGAGGGUUCUCGCGUCCCCUUCGGGGAGAGAGCCCCCAUAUCAGAGAAUAAUCCCGAUGUGCCAUACCCGCAUAGCUAUGUUCGCUACACCCCCGCCCCUAGGAUACAACGACCGUCCUCUUCCCGAAACCAUCGAGACAUAGACGCCGACGAUCUCGGUGGUCGCUUUCGUAGUGGUCCAGAAAAUAACUCGCGACAUUUCUCUAUGUAUAGUAAGCCAGAAAAUGAAGCGGACUAUUAUAGACAGAACCUAUUUGAGGAUGAGGUCCGCCGCUACGGACCGACGAUGACUCCGGCGACUCGCGGGCCCCGCGAAGGGAUAAGCAGCAUCUUGGACGACAUAGGCGACAUGGAUGACCCCCGGUAUGCGAUAUUUGAAGACCACAAUGCGGCCGCGAUGAAAAGAGUACAAGAGGAGCGACGAAUAGACAAAAUAGUGAGGCUGCGGGAGACCGAGGGAAUUAGAACAAUAAUAAGGGAAGUGAGAAGGGGAAUUAAGGCCGAAUAUAAUGCCGCCGCUCGGGAGAGAGAAGCUGAGACGAUUCAAAAUGAAAGACUAUCAAAGCUAAUUCAAGAGAAAGUGGAACAUAACAUUGAUGAGAUUAUGGUGUUAUUAAAAGGAAAAGUUCAGCAAGAGUUCGGAACAGAAAAGCAGACAGACACAGGAACACAUGCUCAACGAGACGAGUUACAGGCGGAGAUCCAGGCCGAAGUGGAAGAGAUAGGGAAGCGAGAGGCAGGCAAGCAAAACGACACCGCACAGCCCAUACAACGAUCGCGCCCUAUCUCUCGAUCUAGUUACUCCGGGCAUGCCCCCGUGUCGCCCGCCCCGAGCGUAAACAUUCCACGCAACCUAACACUGUCCGAGGACGGCGAACCGUUGCCACAACGACCUCCCGAUGUACCAGAAGCGCCCCACGUAUAUGCUGAGACAGAAAGCGAGAGGGAUACGAUAGCGGUUUCCCCAAGUAGUAGAGGGCGUCGGCUCAAGCGGAAAGAGCAGCAGAGGACCUGGGAACGCAAGGAGCGUAAGACACUACGCAUGAUAAGAGAGGAGCUGGGUUUUCCUAUUGUCGAGAUGCUGGCAGACGAGAUAGCUCGGGCCACAUAUGAGUAUGGACCGCCUAUGUCGCCCUCAUUCCAAGAACAUCGCUAUCCUCACCCGUCCAGAGCCAGUAGCACUAGAUUCAAGCCGACACACCAACAGUAUAAUUCAAAUCUGGAAUCACCUUACUCCGAAACAGAGUCUGCCGACGCGACGUGUAUGGCUCGCAGGUACAUGCAGGCUCAGAAGCGAACCGCAAGCAGGGGACGGCCGCUGCAACACGACGUCCAGGAGGCUCAACAUGAAGUGUCGUUGCCCCCGCUGCAUAAAAGUCCCACCGACCGAGGCGAAGAUGACACUGCCGCUCAAAACAACAACCGCGUGUUAAUGGAAACAGAGGCAAGGCCUGAGGAAGCUACUAUGGAAUCCAACAAAGAAAAUAGCGGGGAAACUGUUUUGAGAGAAUCAACGGAAAGCGAAGUGGAUAAUACUAUAACAAAAGUCAAAAUUAUAUUCAAAACUGCGGUCGGGCUGAUAGAAUCCAACGCAAGUUAUUUUCUAGUUUUAUUAUUAUAUUUAUACUUCUUUUCAUAUUAUGGCAUAUAUAGAUUCUUCGCAUAGUUAAUGGUAUCCAAGGUCUUUACUUGAGAUUUUCUUCCUUCUAGUUAACGAGCACCAACCCUCUUACCGAAAAGGGGUAGACAUAUCUCCAUCGUCUUAACGAUAGACCACCAGAACCACAGCUUAAUUACGUUUUGCUCAAUAUUGUUACACCUACAUAAGAUGUGAGAGAUAUUAGACAAGUAGGCCUAUGAUCGUAUAAUGGUGGGAAGGCUUACGCUUACUUUACGAUCCAUGAAAAGGGGCAGGGGCAGGGAACAAUGGGGGAGAUCAUACCUGGACACAAGAGUACAGCUGUUCCCGUUCAAUAUGUCUACGC